UUCGUUUUUUAACCUUCUUUCCCAUGUUGGAAGAAGUCAACGUGCUGAGAGUACCAUUGUAGCGGGCCUUAAAGCAGUCAAAAGGAACUUCUUGACGUUAAGAAGCUGAUAGUUUUGCAAUUUAUUCUCUGUUCAUUCUGGUGUUUCUAUAUUGGGUCUUCUGUGGAGCUCACGCUGAGUUUUUGCCAGUAGAGUAACUGGAGUGAGGAUACUUUUACAAAAUGGAAUUUCGUGCUGCUGAGAGUGUUGAGCUUCCAUAUUACAGUGCCAUUAAGGUGCAUCGCUUAAUGUGCUUGGAGCUCAAGAAAAUCAUUAAUAGCAUUUCGCACAUGUUUUCUGAUCUUGAGUCUGCUCGGCCAUGCACAUCAGGAAUGCAGGCAUUAUGCUUAUUACAAUCGGCAGUGGAUAAAGCCAAGUUACUAAUCCAGCACUGUUCUGAAUCCAGCAAACUCUACUUGGCAAUUACAGCUAAAGCGAUACUCUUGAGGUGUGAUAAAAUUCGGAAAACUUUGGCGAUUUCUAUGAAUCAAGUUCAAGAUAUGGUUCCACCAUUGUUGGCUGAAAAGAUAUCUAGAAUUAUAGAUGAACUUAGGAGUGCAAGUUUUCCUGUAGAACCUUCGGAAUAUGAGGCUGGUGCAGUCAUACUUGAACUGCUUCAACAGGACACAUCUGCAUCAGGCUCCAAACUCCAAUCAGAAAUUGAGGCUCUUCAACUUGCAGCUUUGAGGCUGAACAUUUUAUCUCCUUUUGCUCGUUUGAUAGAGGAAAGAUCUAUCAAGAUACUACUUGGAAAAGUCCAUGAUAGGGAGACAAUGAAGUGGAAAAUCUUGAAUUAUCUUUUAUAUCUUCUGAAAAAACAUGGAAAGUUAAUUUGGCAACUCCAAUCUAAAAUCACCAGUCCUCCUGAGGAAGACAACUAUUCUUCAUCCAUGGAGCAGAAGCAAGGAGUGGGAAAAGAAGAAGAUGAGACUCCACCUAAUGACUUCUUCAUUCCUAAACCUCCUGAGGAAUUCCAAUGCCCUCUUUCUAUGAGACUGCUUUAUGAUCCUGUAAUUAUUGCUUCUGGCCAAACAUUUGAACGAGUAUGGAUAGAGAAGAGGUUUAAUGAGGGCAAUCAGAUAUGCCCUGUGACGAAGACAAGGUUGGAGCAGUUGUCCAUCACUCCAAAUUUAGCAAUGAAAGGCCUCAUUUCAAAGUGGUGCUUGAGGCAUGGAAUCAAUAUUCCUGAACAUGCAAAACCAAUCCCUUCACUGCCUUCCUCAUGGGAAACUUCUUCCAGGUCCAUUGCUAGCUUUGGCAGUUCAGUGCUUGGGUUGCAACUUCAAAUAGGAAAUGUCUCAAUUGGCUCGAUGAGUACUGGUUCUACUUUGGAUUCGUCUGACAGGACACGCAAUGAUGAGGUUGCUGCAGAUUCUCACUGUCAAAGAUGUCAUCUCUCUUCUAUGACUUCAAGUAGUCAUGACAUCAAUGCAGCCUUUCUUUCUGAACUCGAUAAAUAUUCCUGGAAAUCUAAAUGCAAGGCUGUUGAAAAGGUUAAAGGCCUUCUAGAAGACAAUGAUAAGGCCAGGCGUUUGACAUUUUCAGGUAGUCAUGUCAAUCCUGUGAUUACAUUUUUGAAGGAUGCAAACGAAAUGUGUGAUAUAGAAAUGCAAAAAGAUGGAGCAGAGGUGCUUUUAGCAAUUUUGAGCAGUAACAGAAUCGAAUUACCUCCCUGUCAUGAAGAUGUUAUCUAUUUGUUGGCAUCAUUGUUGGAUUCUGAACCGGCUCGAGAGUCCCUUGCAAUAAUGGAAGUCUUAUCCUGGCAACAGUACUAUAAGUCCAGAAUUGUGGCAUCUGGCGUAUUGCCUUCCAUCCUAAAAGUCCUUGACACUACAGCCACAGAAUGUUACACACUUGCAAUGAAGAUCCUACGUAAUUUAUCAGAUUGCAGUGAUGUUGGUUACCAUAUUGCAUAUUUGGGUUAUAUCCCCAAGCUGGUUUCUUUUCUUGAGGACUCGAAUGUUGCAGGCUAUUGCAUUGAGAUCAUAAACAAUAUAUGCAAUAUCGACCAGGUUAGAUUUGAAGUUACUGAAGCCAAUUUAUUUACUUCAAUAGCCAGACUCUUGGAAGACGGUAAGAAGGAGGAACAGGAACUUGCUGUCGAUGUCCUUCUGUCUCUAUGCUAUGAGGAUACAAGGUAUUGUCAAAUGAUAAUGACAGGAAGCAUAAUUCAAUCCUUGUUCAGCAUACAUCGCAAUGGCAGUUCCAGAGCAGAGGAUAACGCAUUUCACCUGAUCGAACUCGUGGAACAUAUGACGAGAAGUGAUGCGUCUCAAUGUUCAAUUCCUAGCUUCAUCCUGAGUCAAGAGAACUCACACAUCUCCAGCAGCAAUGAAGGUAAAACAUCAUCUUCCAAGGCUUUUGGAUUUCUCAUAAAGAAGGUAUCAAGGUUUUUACGUGGCAAGUGGUGAGUUUCCCCUUUUGAAUGGCUUUCCUAAUUCAGAACCCAGGAUGCUAGCCCAACCCAUUAACUGUAGGAAUCGGGGAUUAGCCAGGAAAUUUUGUUUGCUCCAUUUUGAUCUUUAUAGUAAUAGCGCUGUAGUUUCUCAUAUUCCCAUGCUUUCUUUUGUAUAGAAUGCUUUUUUUUCUUCUGUUUCAUAUAUGUAAUUUAAUGUGUGAAAUUUGUAUUGUUAUAGUUUUAACAUUAUUUUAGAUUACUUUAUAUUUACACUCUAAUAUUUAGGUC